CCUCUCGGUCUGCUCUUGUUAAAUCCGCGGCUCCAGACCGGAAGUGCUCGUUUGUUCCGUGAGGUGAAGAUCAGCAGUAGAAGAGAAACGUAAACAUUAAGAUGGCUCACAGGCUCCUGCUACGUAGAAUUUGGACGCUGUCUGCGAAAGAGAUCCGCUGCCUCCCAGCCUCCACUGCCUCCGUCGCCUCCUCCUCUUUCUCCACCUCCUCCUUCUCCACCUCCCCGCAGUCCGCCACAGCCCGGGUCUUCCUCCUCUCUCCGUCACGCACUCCCCCUCGCUCCCUUCCUCACACCUUCAGCCGGGCCGUCUCCUUCAAUGUCCAGGACCACGACGACUUCACAGAGAGGGUCAUCAACAGCGAGCUGCCCGUGCUCGUCGACUUCCACGCACAGUGGUGCGGUCCCUGUAAGAUCCUCGGGCCGAGGCUGGAGAAGGCUGUAGCGAAACAGAAAGGCCGCGUUGCCAUGGCGAAAGUCGACAUAGACGAUCACACAGACCUCGCUAUUGAAUAUGGGGUGUCUGCUGUCCCGACAGUCAUCGCCAUACGUGGAGGGGACGUCGUCGACCAAUUUGUCGGGAUCAAAGACGACGACGAGCUGGAGUCAUUUGUCAGCAAAGUCAUUGGACAGUGAAGCGUGUGUUCCCGCCCUCCCACUCACCAACAUACUUCUUCUUUCUUUUGUACGACUCCAACAUGGCCGGCAGCCCUUCGCCGCCAUCUUGAACCUGUUUAGCAGGCGCCAACAAUAAUUACAAACAUGCCACCAUCCCAGCUGGCAAACUCUCAAACUCUCACACCCAAACCUAGACACGCUGCCUCAGCUGCGCAUCGCUGCUUCCGUCUUGCUCCUGUUUCUCUUGUCUAGCGCUGGGUGUGUGCCUCCAUUAGCCUUUUAGUUCACGCUGUGCUCCAUUUUGGAGCAGCUCCAUUUCUCUUGAAUAAUGCGACGGCUCCUCGGCUCCUCUCAUAACCCUGGAGCUGCCGAGCUGGUGUGCAACAGUUUAAUGUUAAAGUCUAUAGAAUGGAAAUUACCCCGCUGUUACGCACUUAUACUGUUUUACAUGAGGGACGAGCAUUUGUAGUUUUAACGUUGAAGAGGAUUGAACUUAAAACCAGACGAUACUGAAUGAGAAUCGUGACAGUGUUACCUGUAGUUCCUACUUUUCUCCACGAGAGGGUGGCAUUUCUUUAACAUUGCAAAGCCACACAUGGUCAUUUUACACCAUUAUGCCUAAUACUGUGAGAGGAAGGUGUGUGUGUGUGUGCGUGCGCGUGUACGUCUUUAGGUCCUGACUGUGAAGCUUAAGUCGAGUUUGAUUUAAUUUAUUACUGAAGUGAACUCUAUGUACAGAAAACGUGAUAAGUCAGUAAUAAAGUAAACGAAACAUG